AGGCUAUACUGGGGAGAGGAUUGGAGCUGCCAUUUUGGCCAGUCAGACGAUGUCAACAUUGUCCCAUUACUUGUCAUUUCAAACAUUUUCUGACACACCCAAGUAUAGUACUGUAACAAGUUAGAGCUACAUGAACAAAACGAGAGUCUCGGCACAAUGUCGAGCAUAAAACAGGUGAUCAACGAUGCAGUGGAGAAAGGUAAGGAGGUAUACGAAAAAGUACGUCAGCCUAACCCCAUACGGCUGCGGGACCUAAUACGACAGAUCCGGUCAGCCAAAACUGCAGCAGAGGAGCGAGCAGUGGUAAACAGGGAGUGUGCAUACAUUCGGCUUACUUUCAGGGAAGAGGACUCAGUGUGGAGAUGUCGCAAUGUUGCCAAACUUCUGUACAUACACAUGCUGGGAUACCCAGCUCACUUUGGCCAGAUGGAGUGCCUCAAGCUGAUAGCCUCACCACGUUUCACAGACAAGCGCAUUGGUUACCUAGGGGCCAUGCUGUUGCUUGAUGAAAGGCAGGAUGUCCACCUUCUCAUUACCAACUCCUUGAAGAAUGACUUGAAUUCUUCAACUCAAUUUGUACAAGGGCUGGCACUCUGCACCCUUGGGGCCAUAGCUUCUCCAGAGAUGUCUCGGGAUCUGGCAGGAGAGGUGGAGAGGCUUCUCAAGUCCUCCAAUGCUUACAUAAGGAAAAAGGCUGCUGUAUGUGCCUUGAGAAUUAUAUUGAAGGUGCCAGAGCUGAUGGAAAUGUUCCUUCCAGCCACACGCUCACUCCUGUCUGAAAAGAAUCAUGGUGUGCUCAUAACAGGGGUCACGCUGAUCACAGAGAUGUGCCUCCAGUCUCCUGAUAUGCUAGCUCACUUCAAAAAGAUUGUACCCAACUUGGUGCGCAUCCUCAAGAACCUCAUCAUGGCUGGCUACUCUCCUGAGCAUGAUGUGCAGGGUGUGUCUGAUCCUUUCCUGCAGGUGAAGAUCUUGAAACUGCUGAGAAUUCUUGGGUGUGGUGACAGUGAUGCUUCAGAGACCAUGAAUGACAUCUUGGCCCAGGUAGCAACUAACACAGAAUCCUCCAAAAAUGUGGGCAAUGCCAUCUUGUAUGAGACAGUCCUCUCCAUCAUGGACAUCAAGAGCGAAAGUGGACUCAGGGUUCUGGCUAUCAACAUCCUUGGUCGGUUCUUGCUUAAUGCAGAUAAGAAUAUUCGUUAUGUAGCACUCAACACUCUGCUGAGAGUUGUCCAUGCUGACAACUCUGCCGUCCAGCGUCACCGCUCCACCAUCCUUGAAUGUUUAAAGGAUGCAGAUAUCUCCAUCAGGAAGCGUGCUAUGGAACUAUGUUUUGCACUUAUCAAUGGCAAUAAUAUUCGCACCAUGAUGAAAGAACUGCUCACCUUCCUUGAGAAUGCCGAGCCAGAGUUUAAAGCCACUUGUUCCUCAAAGUGUGUUCUUGCAGCAGAGAAGUAUUCACCCAAUGUCAGGUGGCACAUUGACACCCUUCUGAAGGUGGUGGAAGCGGCUGGGAACCAUGUGCCAGAUGAUGUGGUAUCCUCCACCAUACAGCUUAUCUCUGAGACUCGAGCCGAGCAGGCAUAUGCUGUAGGGGAGUUGUGGCGACAUCUGUCUGUGGCACAACUUGAGUUCCAGCCAAUGAUUCAGGUGUCCACAUGGUGUAUAGGGGAAUUUGGUGACCUGCUGCUAAAUGGUCAAGCUGAUGUUACUGUAGAAGAGACUCAAAUCAUAGAAAUUUAUCAAAAAAUUUUAUGGUCUUCACAAUGUUCUAUAACAACUAAAGAAUAUGCCCUGACUUCCCUCAUGAAGCUCUCUGCACGUCUCAAUCAAGAAGUGGGGUCAAUACAGCAAGUUGUUAGUGCAUUUGGAUCUCAUCUUAAUAUAGAGCUUCAACAAAGAGGAAUAGAAUAUAGCCAACUAUUCACAAGACACAACCACAUGAGGGGUCCCUUGCUGGAACGUAUGCCACCCUUUGAGGGAGUGCGGGGAAGUGGGACAGAAGGAGAAAAGGGAGGGGUAGCCAUUACCAAUGGCCUUGACAACUCUCCUGAUAACCAAAGUCUCCUCAAUGACCUCUCCUCUCCAAACAACAACAAUAACAUCAACAGUACCCAUGAAAAUAAUGAAUCGAAUGCAUUGUUGCUGUUGCUGGGUGGCAUUGAACCAGGGGAAGGAGAUACAGUGCAGGCAUCCACCUCUCCUGCUACCUCCACCACUAAUACCACUCCAGCUCCUCGCUCCACAGUUAAUGCAGAUAUAUUAGAUCUCUUGGGUCUGGAACCUGGCCCAACUGCCCCCUCCUCCACCACUACCACCAGCACCAGCCCAGCCCAGCUCUCCCACACCAAUAACAGCAGUAGCCCAGCCCUCCUGCUUGAUGGUCUGCUGAACAAUACACCCUCCACCACCACCACUACCACCACUGGCAUUGCUCCCCUUAGUACCCCAACUGCAAACUCCACUACCCUACCUACCAAUAAUUUCAUAAUUCCUCAGAGUCUAUCACAGCCCAGUGUGCCUGGUAUUGUUGCUUAUGACAAGAAUGGCAUGAAAUUGGACAUGACAUUUGAGGUGCACGACAGUGUGACAACCAUCAACAUGUUGGCCACUAAUACUUCUCUGGCCCAAGUGACAGACUUCCUCUUUCAGGCUGCUGUUCCCAAGUCACUCCAACUGCAGAUGAUGACUCCAAGCAGUACCAGCAUGGCUCCUUCUGCUACACUGACCCAGGUUAUUAAAGUCAACAACCCAAGUAAGGUACCACUGAGGAUGAGAAUGCGGUUAUCAUGGCAAGCAAAUGGUUCGGUAGUACAGGACCAGGGAGAAAUAAGUCACUUCCCUCCAGCUCUGUGGCAGUGACACCACCUGUGGCCUCUAUGUCUAGCAACCACAACCCUCAUCUCCUGCUCCUCCUUCAUCCCCAGUCUACCAUACCUGACACCUAGCCCUCUCUUCAUGCUAAGGACUUGCCAUCCUCACAAUAUCCAGAACACAUUCUUUCAUCAAUCCUUCCACAACUUCUAUUUUAUAUAAAUUAACCUUCACUAGAGGAUUUCAAAAUCUUGUGUAUUAAGUGAUGAAUGAUAUAUAUUUUAUAAAUCUAUUCCUUAACAUAGUCAGUAAAAUAUUUAUUUGUUUGUGGGCAGUUCUUCUGAGUCUCAUUGCUUUUUCCACCACUAGCCAGCAGCCUACUACCCUGAAGGUUCUCAUCUCCUGGUUGCCAAAAUUGUUUUUGUUUUCUUUUUUCUUUUAUUUAUUUAUUUUAUUUUAUUGUUUUUUCCCCUCUGGAGCAGGAUAGUCACAUGUUUAACAUUUCCAUAAUGAAUAACAUGGGGUUAAAGUGUCAUCAUUACAUCUAAUGUUAUAUCUUGAUCUUCUCCCCUUCCCUUUAUUACACAAGUGCAUCAUACUUGUAACACACUGCAUUUUAGGUCGGAUGGCAGGGAUGCUGAUAUGAAAACUCUUAUUGUAAGUUUGUUUUUCCCUUUUUUUCAUGUUCAUCAAAGUUACAUGCUGGACUAAAUGAGUUUUGAAUCAGCAAUAUUUCUUAUUCACUGAAGAUGCUUGAAUUUCUUAAAGGUAUCAUUUCUUCCAUGAACAUUUUUUAUACCACAUUAAUCUAGAACAGCUAAGUGCAGCAGUACUGUGUAUUUUUCUUGACAUCUUUCCCCUCUAUGUAUAUUUUUUUAUUUAGAAUAUUUGCACAAGUGACAUGACUCAAAGUUUGUUCCAACCACCAAGAAGAGUGAAUAUUAUUUUCCAAUACUUUUUGUUCUUAUUUAAUUAACAGCAUAAUAUUUAUUGAAAUCAAGUUUUCAUUUAUUUUGUGUGGUUAAUUACAAAUGAAAAAAAUCCUCCCAGAAUGGAUAGCAUAGUGCCAGGAAGGUGAACUAAGCACAAGGUAGUUGAUUGUGCAUUGAAGGUACUUGUGUCAUAAACCACCCACAGGUCAUAUGCUAAUUUGUACCAUAUUGUGACUUACUGGUAGAUCAAAAUGAACAAAUAGAUGACUAGAACCUGAUUAAAUUCAAAUGAAUUCAUUCCAGUUUGCUGCAAAAUAUAUGGAUGGAAAUUUUAUGAAACAGCUUUUAAGAUAUCAUGAUCUACAGUCAGAAUAAUUAAGACUUUUUUCCCAUCAGAAGUUGCUAAGACUAUUUAGAAAACAGGAUGGUUAGAUUUUUAUUUAUUUAUUUAUUUUUUAUUUAUUUUUUUUAUUAGUAAACAAGAAAAAUAAUCUCCUUCAAUAACCAUCAAACACAGGUUACAGCAUACCAAUGAAAGUGCAUGUAGGAGAAAAUGGUCCAGUAUCUUGAUAAGGAAGUAACAGGAAAUCCAUAACAUUUGUCAGCAAAGAAACUCAAUGGCUUAAAAUUGACCAGUACCAUCUUAAAUAAUUAAAGCAUAUGAUACCAGUAAAAUACUAAAUAAAUAGUCUGCUACAUGGCCUUUACUAGUAUAUACAUCUCUUAGAGAAUUAUGGAUUCAUCAUUAAAGUGUGUUUUGCAUUUUUAAAAUACACUAUAUGAACCUAUUGGUGUAGUGAUAUUUAUCUAUUUUUCCCAAAAAAAAACAAAGGUUACAUUUCAGUACUUCAUUGAUGGAAUUCUCAUAAAAAAGAAGAAACAUUUUUGUGGUUCUUUUGCAGAGACUUGCUAUGUUUUCUGAUUGCAAUAUGUCCCACUGAUAGUCAAACAUUUUGGUGGAUCUGAUAGAUUUGGCAGUUCUAAUCAGAAUCAUAUGCCUUUCUUGUUAAUAGAUAAAGCUGCACUGAUAAAGAAGAGGAAGACUUCCUCCCACAUUGGUAUAAAAGCUACCACUUGAAACAGGCAAACACUUGCUCCACCUUGCAUUAAUAUAAUUUUGGUACUUUACCCCAAGAAUAAAACCUUCUCUGGGUGACACUAGACAUUUUGCAUUUUUGUACUUAUAUUUUCUUGCUAUAGUAGAAAUUUGACGGUUUGUUUAUAAUUUCUAUGUAUGUAGGAUUUACUUUUGUGAUUUGUUUAUAUAUGAUUUUAUAUUUAAGCCAUCAUGAAGUAAUUUAAAGAAAUGCAUAGGAGUGUACUUAGUGCUGCUGAGCUAUGUUGUGUGUGUGUGUGUGUGUGUGUGUGUGUGUGUGAGUGUGAGAGAGAGAGAGAGAGAGAGAGAGAGAGAGAGAGAGAGAGAGAGAGAGAGAGAGAGAGAGAGAGAAUGCGUAAUCACAUUUGUGUCUGCAGAUGUGCAUGUAAGCUUUCAGAUUUUAUUUCUCUUUUUCCCAAUACCCUGUUGCUUCAGCCAAAUACUAUUUAGCUAUAUCUUCAGUUCAUUCUUAAUGUAAAGUAUGGACGAUAUAUGUCAACUCUACAGUCCUCAUCACUUUUCAGCCCUCUUUUUCAUAAUAAUUUGGCUGAACAUUGUGAUUAUGUUUUAAGGGUUUCCCAAAUAGUAAAAUAUAAUUUGCAGUUAUAUACUUGCUGGUUUCAGUGACAUGCUCUAGAUAAGACUCCUGUUGUUUGACAUUAAUACACCAUAUUUUAUAUCAGCAAAAACAAAAUUUAUGUAAAUACAUGAGAACAGAAGUUGAGGUAGAUGUUGAAUCAUUGUUGUAAAUAUUUGUUAUACACUGAUGCACAGUAAGGGGGGAUUUAAAGAACAACAAAAGCUCAGCUGUUAUUUUUUGGCUGUAUUUGCAGAACAAUCCAUCCACACCAACAUUUUGCCAAGUGUUUUAUGUAUUUUAUUAAUGAAAAGUAUUAUUUGUUAACUUAAUUUUACAAAAUUAAGCCCAAGACAACCUGUGACAAUUUUUUGUGAUAUGAAGAAGUCAGGGGACUGGUUCACUGGUCUUGUGAGGCAUUACUUUGUUUCACAACAGAAUCCUCAGACCCAAGAUGUGUAUAUUUUCUGCAACUUAUCUUAAUAUCUUACUUUAUGUAUUGUUUGUAUAUUUUGUCAUUUAGAAAUUGAUGUAUCUAUAUAUUAUUUGUUAAACCAAUUGAUUUACAAAACUGUAUAUAAACUUCAAGGGCUGCUUUCUAAGAAUUACUAGGACAGUGUCGAUCCCAGACCAGCAGAGAGACCAGUGUGGUAGGUGAAGGUUUACAGUUUACAGACUUAUGUUCAAAGUGAGGAAAAUUCAUGGCCUAUGAGGGCAGAUGUAUGUCUAACAACAUUUAUCGUAUGUUUGUGAGUUUGACAUGUCAGCCAGGAAUGAUUUAUCCCUGAAAAGAAGGCAGUUUAAAACAAUAUCAAGUCAUAUGCCAGAAAAUAUGCUCUAAUCAGUUAUUGAUUUUCCUUUAUUGGAGACAGUUUGUAAGUAAAAAAAAAAUAAUUAUUUUUAAAAUCUUUAAUUAACAAUGCCAUUAAUGUUUUGUCAGCUUGCAUUUGAGUGAUAGAACUUAAGCUUGAUAUGUUUAAUCGUGUGUUAAUUUUAUUUUACUUGAGAACUGUCUUGAGAUACUUUGGUUACUGGAUAUCUCACCUUAUUUGGCCAUGUACUAGUACUUGGUGUCUGAGGAGUCAGGAGAGCCAUGCACUGAUCUUCAGUUAAUGUGUGGCUGCUGGCAUCCCUCUCAGCUGAGUCAUGGGUGCUGGCACACCCCACCUCUUAUUUGAUAGUUGGCCAGGUCCACAAAGCCAUUCCAUGUUCUCUGGUGAUGUAAAUGAGCCCUCUGGCAUCAUGUCAUAUUGAUCAUUUGGGGAAAAAUAAAUUUAUCAAAGAGUUUUUA